AUGGAUGGCAAAUCAGGGAAAACGGUGCAGAGUCUGCCUGAUACACUGUCAUCCCUCGUGGGGCUCAACAAGUACCUCACACCCAGCUGGAUUGAAUCAGUGUCUCACAUCAUCGAGGAGUUGUCACCAACCAAACCAAAGAUGAAAGUAAUGGUUCACACGGCUCAAAAUAUCUGUCCUGAUUAUACAGAAUCAGAUGCUAAAGUUGCAAAGAUUCAAGAGGAACUGGUUUUGCUGAAUGCUAAACUAAAGCAGAUAACACUGCAGAAGAGGCAGUCACUAAAUAACUAUUUGGAUCUCAAAGGAAAUAUAAGGGUGUUCUGCCGUGUAAGGCCUUUUCACCAUGAAGAGGAUUAUCAAUCCAGAACUCUGUUCACCCUGGAUGAGAGUAAUGUAUUCCUAAAAGUUGCUGAAACCAAGAUAAAGCAAUACAAGUUUGACAAGGUUUUCAACCAAUGCUCAACACAAGGUGAUGUAUUUGCUGAAGUUGAACCAGUGAUAAAAUCAGCUUUAGAUGGCUAUAAUGUUUGCAUAUUUGCCUAUGGUCAGACAGGUAGUGGGAAAACUUAUACCAUGGAAGGCGAGCCUACAGAUCUAGGUGUCAUACCACGUGCGAUUCAAGCACUGUUUGAUCGAACUUCAGAGAGCAACAGAAGGUUUCUGUUCACUUUCAGUAUGCUCGAGAUAUAUAUGGGAAAUUUGCGAGACCUGCUAGUUCCAGGUAGCAAGACACAAGGUUUUAAGAAAGUACCAAGCCUUUCCAUCAAAACAGAUCCUGAUGGUGGCAUCGAGAUUGAAAACCUAGUGGCAGUUACUGUCAAUAGUUUUCAAGAAGUGAAAAGACUAUAUGAAGUGGGGACCCGCUUUAGAUCAACAGCUUCCACUAUGGCUAAUUCCACAUCAAGCAGAUCUCACUGUUUGAUUCGUAUUGCAUUGACCUCAUUUGACGCACCAGAGAGAAAAAGGGCAAGAAACAAAUUAUGGAUGAUUGAUCUAGGUGGAAGUGAAAGGCUUGUAAAGACAAAGGCAACUGGGAAAAGACUCAAGGAAGGAAAAGCCAUAAAUCUGUCACUGUCAGCCCUAGGGGAUGUGAUAGAUGCACUACAGACCAAAAAAUCACACGUCCCUUAUAGGAAUAGCAAGCUCACACAAGUUCUUAGAGAUUCUAUAGGAUGUGAGUCCAAAACUCUGAUGCUUGUUCAUAUCCGUCCAAAUGAGGAUGAUUUGUGUGAGACCAUCUGUACCUUGGGUUUUGCAACAAGAGUCAGAAGUAUUUGCCUGGAAAAUGAAGAACCACAAGAAGUAAAAGCAAGAAAGGAACAUUUGUUAAUGGAAUUAGAACAGGAGAUCAGUGAUCUAGAACAAGAAUGUGAAGGUAUUAUUAGAAAGAUUAAGAAGCUCAAGGAAACAAUUGAGCAUUUUAAAGGGCCUCAGCCAUCUGUUGAAACAAAUUUCGACAUUUCACAUCCAUCCAGUGAAGAGCUGAAAACUGACAUGUCAAAGAAUACAAGGAAUUCAAAGAAUCAGAGAGAUGUUUCUUCCAGGUUACCAAGGUUUAUGAAGCCAACAGCAUCUAGCCAGCACAGGAUAGGCUUAAAUAAACACAUACCUGUUAGUAACAAGACAAAACCACCAGUGCCACCAAAGAGAAGGCCUUCCUCAGUUUAUGCUGAGUCUGUAAGGCUGCCAGUAAAUGCUGCGACUUGGCAGUCAGAAUGCAGUUCUGAAUGCAGUAUCUCCAUGACAAGUGACAUGAAUUGGGUACCAAGUAUACAGGAUGGAACAGAAUGCAGCCAGGAUACAUCAGAAUACAAGACCAAACAAGUGAUUUUCUCAGAACAUGAGAAACCACCACAGGGUCAAGUGAUUUCAUUCGCAGAAUCAGCGAAGACGCUGGAUAAAACAGAGGAAAUGGGCAUUAUAGACAUUGACAGCUGGAUUCAUCAACAAAUCAUUGAAAACACUGGCAUAUGUCACAGUGAAAGGAUGCUAGAUAUUACUGAAGUAAAUGAAUAUGAAACUUACAAUUCUAGUACUGCUUCACCUGUUCAGAAGGAAAUGACUAAUGGUUCUAAACUCUCACAGGAUGAAGAUAGCGACCUGAACCUCCCCACGCAAAAUGUAGAAGAUAUCAAGGAAACCAAGGCUCUUAAUCAAUUCACAAGAACAGAAUUAUACACUCCUCCAUCAAAAGAACUUUGCAGCAAUGUCAAAAUGAAGGAACAUAAGAAUGAAAAGCUUGCGUUUCAUGGAAGUUGCAGCAGAAGAUCACUGCAGGAAGAGCUCGGCAACUGGAAGCCAGAGCAGCCAAACAACGAACCAAAAGCUGUUCCAAACAUGCAACCUGAAAACAAGUUCCAUGACAAUGAACACCAUAAAGGUAAGUUGACAAAGUUCAUUCGAGCCCUUGGAACAGCAUGGAUUGGUGCUCUUCUUGGACUAGGCACCAUGAACCUUGGAUUAGAGCAAGACUUCUUCAAGAGCUUAACACUCUGA